GAAAAAAAUAAAAAAAAAUAAAAAGCAUGAAAAGUUGUUGGAGGUAGUGGGGACCCAUGGAGAUUCGAGCGGGACAAGUAAAAGCACAAAAAUGGUAACUGGCCGGAGCAAUGGUGAUGAAAAUUUCUGGGAAAUUAUUAUUCGAUUAGGGCUUAGAAAAAAUAGAAUGGGUCGAAGGAAGUUGGAGAUAAAGCGAAUCGAAUCGAAGAGUAAUAGGCAAAUGUCGUUUUGUAAACGCAGCAAAGGUUUAAUGAAGAAAGCAAAAGAAUUUUCCAUUCUCUGUGAUGUCGAUGUUGCUGUUGUUAUAAUUUCUAAUCGUGGCAGGCUCCAUGAAUUCUCCAGCACCAACAGUCUGACAGGGAUCCUUCAACGAUACGAAACCCAUGUUGAAGCAGAAAAAGAGAUUUUUCCAGAAAUCCAGGCUGCAGAGCACUCUAAAUACUCAAGCUUGAAAACGGGAGAACUACUAGAAGAAACAGAAAGGCAACUCGAGAAAACUAAUGCUGAUGGUCUUACUGUGACUGACCUUAUCCAUUUGGAAAACGAACUUCAAACUUCUCUAACACAAAUCAGAUCUAGAAAGACACAUUUGAUGCUUGAAUCUGUUAAGGCUCUUCAUGAGAAGGAAAAACUGCUGCGAAAGGAAAAGAAACAUCUGGAGAAAAAUAGAGCUUGGAUGAAGAAAAACAGAAAAGUGAAUGAAAUGUCUGACCUUCCACCACAGAGGGUGACCCUGAGUUUUCUCUAGUGAUU